GGCGGCCGAGAGCGCCCGCGGCGGGAGGUCCGUGCCCGCCGCGCGGGGGGGAGGCGCCGCGGCCGAGGGCAGCAGCGGCCGAGGGCAGCAGCGCGUCCGGCCCGGGGAAGUUUGGCGCGGGCCGGGGAGUUGGCGCCGGGCAUGAACGGGUUCGCCCCCGAGGAGGCGGCGCAGCGCGGCGCGGACCCCGCCGCCCUGGUCGCCGCCGCCGCCGCGGGCAAUGCAGGCGCCGCCGCGGAGGUGCCGCCGCCGCCGCCGCCGGGGCUGGCUCCGGGCUCGGCCGCCGCCGCCGCGGGUGGCGGGUCGGUCGGCGCGGCGGCGGGCGGCCCCGGGGCCGGGCAGCUGUGCUGCCUGCGCGAAGAGGGCGAGCGGUGCGGCCGGGCCGCCGGCAACGCCAGCUUCAGCAAGCGGAUCCAGAAGAGCAUCUCGCAGAAGAAGGUGAAGAUCGAGCUGGACAAGAGCGCAAGACAUCUUUAUAUUUGUGACUUCCACAAAAACUUAAUUCAGAGUGUGAGAAAUAGAAGAAAGAGGAAAGGCAGUGAUGAUGAUGGUGACUCACCAGUGCAAGACAUCGACACUCCAGAGGUUGAUUUAUAUCAGUUACAAGUAAACACACUUCGAAGGUACAAAAGACACUUCAAGCUACAGACCAGACCAGGACUUAACAAAGCACAGCUUGUUGAAAUAAUUGGCUGCCAUUUUAGGACAAUUCCAGUGAAUGAAAAGGACACCUUAACAUAUUUCAUCUACUCGGUGAAGAAUGACAAGAACAAACCAGAUCUAAAGAUGGAUAGUGGGGUUCAUUAAACAGAAAAGGUUGGGACUGAGACUCAGGCUCCAGAUCAAAAGACUGAGGGUUUUUGUCGAUAUGCAAAAGCUUUCUUUGUAACUUUUUUUUCCCAGAGAACUUGUCUCUUUUAUUUUUCAUAAUCUUGAUGAUUUAUUUGAAAACCACCUCUUCUGAAACAGUUUCUUCAGCAAAAGUAUUUUAAAUAAAUAUCACUGAUAUUGUUGCUCA